AGUGUGUGUUGAAAACGUUAAGGGCAAAAUUGUUUAAAUCCCAAGAUCUCUUGCUUCCUCUCUUUCCUACAGCAGUCUAUAUCCAGAGGGAGCAGCUACACCUCCCCCUUUCUUCCUGCUGGUUUGGAUCGGAUCUUUACAAUUCACCAAACUUGCUGCAGGGCAGAGAGGCGGCGGUGAGCGGUGAGCUCUCUCGAACUACAUUUUCUUUCUUAAUUGAUUUUCCCGAGCUUCCUAACCCGCCCAGCCCCCUCCUCUAGCUUCCAGCGUGGCUUAGGCCUUGGAAAGGGGGAGGGGGUCUUUUCUUUGGAGGGGGGGACUGCCCUGCCCCCGCAUUACGUGGGCUCUGCAGAAUCGCCCCUCCACAGUUGCACGUGUGGUGCACUUGGGUUGGCGAGGAUUUUUUCUUCCCUCCUUCCCAGGGCCGGGGGAGGAGGCGAUCGCCUUUCUGCUAACUGGCCGCAGCCCGAGAGGAGGAGGUGAUUUAAUAUGCUGACAUUCACCUAGCUGAAGAUUAACUCGGUACGCGAGUGCCCGGGCUGUCACAUGCGGCCGCCCAUUUACAUUCAGGGACCAGCCGCAGCAGAGGCAGCAGCAGCAGCAGCCCUCAAUAGGAUGGUCCAGAGCUUUUCCUGAUUGGUCUGGAAGCCCACGGGGAAGCCUUGCUUUUGCCGCAACGAUAGUAGAGGAAGGAGCAUUUGGGUGGAAACUAUUGGAAAUGAGAAAAUCCACGGGGUAAACAAGCCGGACUUUUAUCAUGAGAGUGCUUGGGAAGCUGCUCUUUUCUCAUUCGCUGCUUUGCCUUUGGAUUUAAGAUCAUGUCCAUUCACAUUGUUGCAUUAGGAAAUGAAGGAGAUGGAUUUCCUGAGGACAAUCGUCAAUCAGGUCUGAUCUGGACUUAUCUAGGGAGAAGUGCUCUCGUUUCAGAGACAGAAAGCAGCUUGUUGCUGAACUCUGAUGCCAGCUCGAUUGCAUAUCCUGUAUUUACUGAAUAUCAAGCCUGUGUGUUUGGAAAUGUCAGACUGGUGGUACAUGAUUGUCCCGUCUGGGGCAUUUUCGACAGUGAUUGGUAUACCUCUCGAAAUCUUAUUGUUGGGGCGGACAUCAUUGUAAUCAAAUACUCUGUAAAUGACAAGUCUUCAUUUCAAGAAGUAAAGGAUAGUUAUAUUCCAGUGAUUAAAAGAACAUUAAAUCAUUGUUCAGUCCCAGUAAUAAUUUCUGCUGUUGGUAUCAGACAAAAUGAAGAAUUACCGUGUACUUGUCCACUGUGUACCUCAGAUAGAGGGAACUGCGUCACUUCUUCUGAAGGGAUACAACUUGCUAAAGAAUUAGGAGCCACCUAUCUUGAACUUCACAGCCUCAAUGACUUCUACGUUGGGAAAUAUUUUGGAGGUGUGUUGGAGUAUUUUAUGAUUCAAACCUUGAAUCAAAAGUCAUCUGAAAAAAUGAAGAAAAGAAAAAAAAGCAGCAAGUGUCAUGGAGUUAGGCCACCUCAGCUCGAACAACCAGAAAAAAUGCCUGUCUUAAAGGGUGAAGCAUCACACUAUAACUCUGACCUACAUAACCUAUUGUUCUGCUGCCAAUGUGUGGAUGUGGUAUUUUAUACUGAAGAUUUAAAGGAAGUUGUAGAAGCCCAUAAGAUCGUUCUUUGUUCUGUAAGCAGUGUCUUCAUGCUGCUGUUUAAUGUGAAGAGUCCCGCGGAUAUUCAGGACUCCACUGUGAUACGCACUGCCCAAGAUCUCUUUGCUGUAAACAGUGAGACGACAUUUCCAGUUACUAGCCAAGGCCCACCGUGCAACCCCCCAGUAAGAGUCAUUGUUAAAGACUCUCUCUUCUGUUCUUGCUUAUCAGACAUUCUGCACUUCAUUUAUUCAGGUGCUUUUCAAUGGGAAGAGUUGGAAGAAGAUGUAAAGAAGAAGUUGAAAGACCCCAGUGAUGUUUUAGGUGUAAUUGAGAAGGUUAAAUGUAUAUUGAAAACACCAGGGAAGAUGAAUUGCCUGAAGAACUGCAGAUCCUAUCAAGCCAAAAGACCCCUCUGGCUUUAUAAUACUUCGCUCAGGUUUUUCUUUAAUACACCCAUGCUUGCUGAUGUUAUCUUCAAAAUCCAAGGUUCUACUGUGCCAGCCCACAGAGCUGUCCUGGUAGCUCGGUGUAAGGUGAUGGCUGCUAUGUUUAAUGGCAAUUACCUUGAAGCCAAUAGUGUGCUGGUUCCAGUUUAUGGGAUUUCCAAAGAAACUUUCCUUUCCUUUUUAGAAUAUCUGUAUACAGACUCUUGCUGUCCAGCUAGCAUUCUGCAAGCUAUGUCUCUCUUGAUUUGUGCUGAAAUGUAUCAAGUGUCUCGACUUCAGCACAUCUGUGAGCUUUAUAUUAUUACACAACUGCAGAGUAUGCCCAGUAGAGAACUGGCAUCAACAAGCCUCAGUGUUGUGGGCCUACUUAAAAAAGCUAAGUUUCACAACUCUGAUUGCCUUUCAACCUGGCUCCUUCAUUUUAUUGCCACUAACUACCUCAUCUUCAGUCAAAAGCCAGAUUUUCAAGAUCUUUCAGCAGAAGAACGCAGUUUUGUUGAGAUGCACAGAUGGCCAUCCAACAUAUAUUUGAAACAACUUGCAGAAUACAGGAAGUAUGUUCACUCCCGGAAAUGUCGUUGCAUAGUAAUGUAACUCGAAGAUUGUAUUUCUGCUUGAUUUUGAAGACUGGAAGAUCUGUGAGCAGCGGUAAAAUUUUAGUGAGGACAGAAAUUGAUACCUGUAUGUUCAACAAACGCCCAUACAGUACAGUGUGUGCUUGUUAGUUCUCUUUGAGAUAACUACUUUUGUCUUAAAAGGGAUCCAAAUACACUAUAGGCUAGAAUACGGUUUUAUCUCAGCCUAGAAAGCUGCUGUGCAGCCACAUCUUUUAAAAUGCUCUGUUGCUUCCAUAAUAUUGUGAACUUCUGGGUAAGAAAUGUUUAAAUUAAUUUAGUUUUUGUAAAACCAGUGGCAUAGUAUUAGUAAACAUAAAUUCCAUUAUAUCUAAUGGUAAAUGUUAAAAUAAGGGGACAUUGAAAAACUUUGUAGCUAUUUCUGUACUGGUACAUUUCAUGAACCUCUUAUACCUUCCAGAUUUGGGGCUCUUUUAAGAGCUGCCCCAGGGAUAUAGGCAUGUACCUGAGAUUUUGAAAAUGAAAUGGUACUUGUUUCAUUUUUGUGUCAAGUGAGCCUUCUUGAAGGGAUAUUUUAGGUUUUUCUUCUCUGCUACCCAACUUUUCUCCAACCCCUUCACGAUCUUUGCGCCUCUGGUGCUUCCCAGCUGGAUUCCUGAUGGAGCAAGAAAUGUAGCAUUAUCAGAAAAAUCAUUCCCGUGAUUUUAAAGGAGAGGAAGGGGGACAUGCUGGAGGGAAGUCUUCAUGAUAGGAGAAUUGACUUUUACUAAGGUGCCACCUUCCAGGGUUCUGCUUUGCAAGGGCAGCCCAGACCCAUGUUUGGCAGGUAAGUUUGGGAGUAUAGUGACCUGUUAAAGUUUUAUAACUUCAUUUUUUGUGUGUGCAAAUAAAUGACCAUGUUAUAUGGCCACAUGUGUGAUACUGAUCAAAACAACUAAUACUAGGAAGGUAAAGGGGUUAAAGACAUUUACAGGCAAAGGUACUUCCUAAUGUUUUCUCUAAUAAACACUGAAAAGAUUUUUUAAAAUUGUAAAUAGUCUUCUAAGCUUUAGAUAUCAUAGGGCCUAUGUGUAGCUCAGCAUCAGGAUUCUGGUGACUAGAAUCCUUCUCAAAACAAAAACAAAACCUAAACAAGAUUGUGUGGCUGACUUUAAAUAACUAUGUGAAAAACAUUAUUAUUAAAACCCUUUCACAAGAGUAUUCAGAAAAAACAAGUAGUUCUAAGAAAAGGAUAUAAGUCAGAGGGAAGACUUAAGACCCACAUUCAUUGAAACUAACAGUAAAAGGGAGGGAAGAAUUGCUGUUUUUCUUAUAUAUUAAAUGUAUCAGUAGAUAUAUUGAUAAAACCCACAAGUUUGAAAGCAUCCAGAUUGUUUUGUAUUGGUUGUCACAUUACUUUUUUAUCUUCUAAACUUUUAGCUAUGAAUCAGGAAGAGACCUUUGAACCUAUUAAGUCAAGGAAAGUUUUAGUAUGAAAUUUAGUAAAAUGGCAAAAAUCCAUCCCUUAGAUACACAGGAUGUACAAUAAUAUCCCAACAGACAUCUGGCUAGCAAAAUGGAUCUCAAUCAGGCAGUGCCUGGAGAAAUAAUGGGGAGACAUUUUUUUUUUUCAUUAAAAUCCCUUUUGAGCAUUGAUAAAUUUCCUUUGGCAAGGAUUGAUUUAGGAAUGCAAAUUAUAGAUGUUUUUAGGCAAGGACAGCAUUUUAUUCUCAUAAGUACUUCCUUCUCCCUCAUAGAAAUAGCAUCAUUUUAAAAUCUAAAUGGCUUUAAAUUUAAGAAAAUAAAAAUUAUGUAUGUAGAUUAACAGAUAAAAUGAAAUUUUUUCUUGGAAAAUCUUAUAAUUUGAAUUGAAGAGAAAUAACUAUUAGUGUUUGAUCCUGAGCAGAAAGUUGUACUUGAAAGUGAUUUAUUGGUGUCGAGCAUGGGUUUUAUUAUGAAAAUACUGUACCUCCACCUUAUUUGGCUAUAAUUCAGAAAUCCAGAUGACACAUAUUCUCUAGAACUCAUCAAGUCAGUAAUCAACUCAGUUUUUAAUUGGUCUGUAUAAAAGCUUCAAAUCUCUAGAAUUAUUUCAGAUGAAAAUUUUGGAAGUUGUUAAAAGGUUGGGAAUAAAGCACAAGAAAAUUUGUUAGAAAAUACCUGUAAAAUAUCUUAGAGGAAGUAUGUUAUUCAAAGUACAUUCUAGCUUGUGUGUGUACAUGCAUGUGUUUGUGUGUAUGACAGAGUAGUCUAGUUAAAUAGGUGCUUUGAGCUAAUCUCUGCUUCUCUUAGGAUAUAUUUAACAACCAUUUUAAUAAGAGAAGAUUAUACUGUAUUACAGUAAGACUGAGGACUUUUCUUUCUGGUUGAGGUCCAUUCUUUAUGCACUCCUAACCACAUUCUGUUCAUUACAGUCAGGAGAUUAGGCUUGACAUAUAGAAUUUUUAGUAACAGCAUUUGAAUUUAUCAUCAGCAUAAGAUAUUUGAUCCUAAUCAGCGAGGUGACUCUGUUUUGGGAUGUUCAAAGAAUGCAGUAACUUUACCUUCCAGAUCAGAUUUAACAUUUCACAUGUAGCUAAAUACAUACAUACUGCACUCAUAGUAUAAUAGGCUGAAAGGUUUUUAAAAGAGUUAUUUUUAUUUCAUUAAGGCAUGCAUUGAACUUAAACUUUUAAUAAUUUCACAAACAGAAGGAUAUGUUUGUCUUUUAAUAUAGCCUGACUUAAAUUUAUAUGUUUUUAGCUUUAGUAUUUAACAUUUUGUAACAAAUAAAUUUUUUUAAAAAAACAAAUUUAAUUUGUUA